AUGAAAUACCCCCCCGUCAAACUCCCCCAUCCCUUCCUGACGGUCUACCAUGUGGAAGCCGUCGAGGACAGACUCCGCCUGGCGCUGCACUCCCAGCCCGGCCAGCCGCUGCCGCUCGCCCUGCACUGCGCCGAUCUGACCUGGACAGACCUGGCCGACCCGUCCGAGGGCGACACCCCCCCGGCGGCCAACAACAGCGCCUGGGCGCGCGCCCGGCGCAACCCCGCGACCGUCUUUGCGUGGGCGGGCACGGCGGCGCCCUCGCUGGCGGCCAUCUGGAACGUCGUGCACGCCAUCUACCUGGCGUACCCUGCGAUCGAGGCGUUUCGCCUCGAGGUGGAGGGCGCCGAGCAGGAGACGGUGCGGCAGGAACUGCUGGCGACGGGACUGGCCGUGAAGCAUCCCAAGAAGUGGACUGUCAAGGGAGGACAAGAAGAGACAGGAGAGAGGGAACUGCUGGUGCUGCGCAGCUCGUUCUGGCAGGGAGCUGCCUCCCCCCUGGGCCCGCGACCGAUCUGGACGGUGGGCGAGGGAAGCGACAAGCAUCUGCGCACGUCGGCGGCGCAAUACCCGCCCAUGCCGGAGAAUUACCAGCUCACGAUGAAGUUCCCAGCCGAGGCCGUGUACACGCGCCAUCCGACACGCAGGCCGAAGCCGGCGCCCGGGGCCAUCGUGUACAGCCGGUACAUCCCGGAGCUGGACGAGCACUUUUCGCUGCAGGUGGUGGAUGUGCAGGAGAUGGAGCACCUGCAGCUGUUCCAUACCUGGCAGAACGAUCCCCGCGUGGCCAAGGGGUGGAACGAGACGGGGUCGAUCGAGCAUCACCGACGCUAUCUGCAGAACCUGCACGAGGACCCGCAUGUGCUGUGUCUGUUUGGGCGGUUUGACGAGACCAAGUUUGCCUACUACGAGCUCUACUGGGCGAGGGAAGACCAUUAUGGCGCGCACUACGAGGCCGGAAUGUACGACCGCGGAAGACACUCGCUGGUGGGAGAGGCGUCGUUCCGGGGCGCGCAGCGGGUGAAUGCGUGGUACUCGUCGUGCAUCCAUUACUGCUUCCUGGACGAGCCACGCACCGGCAACGUGGUGGGCGAGCCCAAGGCGACGGGCGGGACGAUUCUGUCGUACGAGAACGCGCAGGGGCUGGUCAUUGGCAAAUACGUCGAUCUGGGCCACAAACGGUCGGUCCACUCGAUCCACUCAUACACUACUUAUUACCUACUUAUCUCCCUCUCCUGCUCUUUUCUUCUCUCGCCCGUCAUGCAGAUUCUACGCUUCCCCCGUCUGCUGCUCGCCGCGCAGCCCGCCGUCGCCGACCGGGCGAUGCUGGCGGGCGGCAUCGUGUGCGCAAUCGCGUCGGGCGUGCCCUUCCCCCUGAUCGGCAUCAUCUUCGGUCAACUGCUCAACGACUUCAACGCCGCCACGUGCGGCGAAGACACCUCGGGCGACAGCAGCAACAUCAACAGCCGCAUCCUGCUGAUUGUCUACCUGGCGAUUGCGCAGUUUGUGCUCAUCUACGCCCAUCUCGCCUGCUGGAGCCUGUUCGGCGCCCGGCUGGCGCUCCGCCUGCGCGAGACGUAUCUGCGCAAUGUCCUGCGCCAGGAACCGGCCUUCUUCGACAAUCUGCCGGCAGGAGAGGUUGCGGCGCGUCUGAACGGCGACGUGGCGACCAUCCGCUCCGGCACCAGCGAGAAGGUCGGCAUCUGUCUGGCGAGCUUCUCCUUCUUCGUCACGGCGUACGUCGUGGCCUUUAUCAAGGAGGCCACCCUGGCCGCCAUGCUGCUCUCGCUCAUCCCGGCCUACUUCCUCAUGUCGUUUGUCGGCAGCCACUACAUUGAAAAGUACGCCGGCCUCAUGUCCGACCACGCCGCCACGGCGGCGUCCAUCGCGUCCGAGGCCCUGUCGAACCUCGUCGUCGUGCAGGCGUUUGGCGCCAACCGCCGGCUGGAGAAGAAGUUUGCGGCCGCGCUCGAGUCGUCGGAGAAGGAAGGGCUCAAAAAGGCCACCGCCGUCGGCAUCCAGUCGGGCUUCCUCUACUUCAUCGCGUAUGCCGCCAACGGCCUCGCCUUCUGGGAGGGCAGCCGCCGCAUCGCCCUGUCGGUCUCGUCGGACGGCGCAGAGGGCACCACGGUGGGAGCCACCUUUACCGUCAUCUUCGUCCUGGUCGAGGCCACCCUCUUGCUCAGCCAAGUGGCGCCGUUUCUGCAUCUCUUCAUCGCCGCCGUUGCUUCAUACGACAAGCUGCGUGCCGACAUGGACCGGCAGCCUCUGAUUGAUACCAUCGAGGGCGUCGAGCUUUCUUCUGAUGCUUCUGAUGCUUCUGUCGGCUUCGAACUGUCCAACGUCUCCUUCAUCUAUCCGUCUCGCCCUGAAAUCACCGUGCUCGACGCCAUCUCGCUGUCGGUGCCCGCGCGCAAACACACAGCCCUGGUCGGGCUGUCGGGCAGUGGCAAGUCGACGAUUGCCGGCCUGUUGACGCGUCUGUACGAUCCCACGGGCGGCGAGAUCCGAUGCAACGGGCAGGACCUGCGCGAGCUCAACCCGCGCAGUCUGCGCGGCGUCAUCGGCCUGGUGCAGCAGGAGGCGGUGCUGCUGGACCGCUCGCUGCUGGAGAACAUUGCGCACGGGCUGGUGAACUCGCGGCGCCACGAGCAUCUGCGCGAGGCGCUGACGGGGUCGUCGCUGGCGGAGUUUGCGGCCGAGCUGCGCGACCAGAACUCCAUCGACAGCGAGAGCGUGGUGGCCGCGGCGACGAGGCGAGGCCCCGAGAUGGCGGAGAUCGUGACGCUGGUGCAGGGGGCGGCGCGCAUGGCCGACGCCGAGGGCUUCAUCCUCGGCCUGCCCAGCGGAUACGGCACGCUGGCGGGCUCCAGCGGGCGACUGAUCAGCGGCGGGCAGAAGCAGCGCAUCGCCCUGGCGCGCGCCAUCGUCAAGGAUCCCGCCGUGCUGAUCCUCGACGAGGCCACGGCCUCGCUCGACUCGCGCACCGAACAGCGCAUCCAGCGCGCCAUGGCGACCAUUGCCCAGGGCCGCACCGUCGUCACCAUCGCGCACCGCCUGGCGACCAUCACCGCGGCGGACAACAUCGUCGUCAUGCACCGGGGGCACAUCCUCGAGCAGGGGACCCAUGCCGAGCUGAUGGCAUUGGGUGGUUCCUAUGCCGGCAUGGUUCAGAUGCAGUCUUUCAGCGGCAGCAGCAGCAGCAGCAGCAGCAGCAGCAGCAGCAGCAGCAGCAGCAGCACUGAGAUGCAGGUUGAACGUGAACGUCAAGGUGAACGUCAAGGUGAAGGUGAAGGUCAAGGUGAAGGUGAAGGUGAACGUCAAGGUGAAGAUAUCAAAACUGCCAGCAUCAACACCGUCGAAGAGGAAGAGCAAAGAGAAGACCCCCAAGAGGUGACGACGACCCUCUGGGCCCUGGUGAAAGGAUACGCACCCGCCGUGCGGCCUCAUCUUCUCAUGGUGGCCGUCGCCCUGCUGGGCUCGACGCUCGUAGGCGGCGCAUUCUCCGGCGAGGCCGUCAUCUUCGGCAACACCGUGGGCGCGCUGAAUCCGUGCCACAGCGCGGCCAGCAUCCGGUCUCGCGGCGACUUCUACGGGCUGAUGUUCCUGGUGCUGGCGCUGAUCGAGUUCUUCGCCAACAUCGCCAGCUGGGGCGGCUUCGGCUGGGUGGCAGAGAAGAUCGUGGCGCGCGUGAGGAUCCUGUCGUUCCGCUCGCUCUUCGAACAGGAUCUGCAAUGGCAUCAGUCGGCCGGCCGCACGCCCGCCGUGCUGCUGGCAUACAUCACCCGCGACGGCAACGCGCUGGCGGGCCUCAGCGGCUCGGUGAUCGGCACGCUGUUCAGCAUCAGCGUCAACCUGGUGGCGGCCAUCGUGCUGACGCACAUCAUCGCGUGGAAGAUCGCGCUGGUGUGUCUGGCGCUGGUGCCGCUGCUGCUGGGGGCCGGCCUGCUCGAGCUGCACAUCCUGGGCCAGUUCGAGAGCAAGCACGAGACGGCGUACACGCAGUCGGUCGACAUCGGCGUCGAGGCCGUCUCGGCCAUCCAGACGGUGGCCGCGCUGGCGCUCGAGGACGAGAUCGUCGCCAGCUAUCGCGACUCGCUGCAGGGCCCGCGCCGCGAUACCUUCAAGGUCACGCUGCAGGCCAGUCUGUGCCAGGCCAUGACCUACUUCCUGGGCAACCUGGUCAACGCCCUGGCCUACUGGUGGGGAGCCAAGCAGAUCCUGGCCGGCACCUACACGCAGACGCAGUUCCUCAUCGUCGUCUUUGCCCUGCUGGUCAGCGCCCUGCUCUGGAGCCAGAUGUUUGCUCUGGCGCCGGAGCUGUCCAGCGCCAGGGCGGCCAUGGCGCGCAUCCUGUUCCUCAUCAACCAGGGCAGCGAGGGAUUGGGAAGAAGAAGAAGGAUCGAUGUUGAAGCAACAGAAGAGAAGACUCGUGAAAAGAAUCUUCAUUCAGAAAAGAAUCCUUUCACUGCCGCCUCCGUCCAGCUGAAUGACAUCCACUUUGCCUAUCCUGCCCGCCCCAAGGCCCCCGUCCUCAACGGCCUCACGCUCGCCAUCCCCGCCGGCUCGUUCUGUGCCCUGGUCGGCCCCAGCGGCGCCGGCAAAUCCACCAUCAUCUCGCUCGUCGAGCGCCUGUACACGCCCCAGCGCGGCGCCGUCGUCAUCGACGGCGUCGAGAUCACUCGCAGCGGCCACGACCUCGCCUUCCGCGACUCCAUCUCGCUCGUCCCGCAGGAGAGCGUGCUGUUCGACGGCAGCGUCAGCUUCAACAUCGGCCUCGGCGCCGCCCCGGGCCACGACGCCUCCCAGCACGAGAUCGAGGCCGCCUGUCGCCUGGCAAACAUCCACGACACCAUCGUCGCCCUGCCCGACGGCUACGAGACGCGCUGCGGGCCCAACGGCAGCCAGUUCUCCGGAGGCCAGAAGCAGCGCCUCGCCAUUGCGCGCGCCCUGGUGCGCAAACCCCGGCUGUUGAUCCUCGAUGAGUCCACCAGCGCUCUCGACGCAGAGUCAGAGGCUCUCCUCCAGGACGGGCUCUCUCGCGCCGCCCAGGGCAUCACCGUCAUUGCCAUUGCGCACCGGCUGCACACCAUCCGCCAGGCGAACAUCAUCUUCCUGAUCGAGGGCGGCAAGUGUGUCGAUCAGGGCUCGCACGAUGAGCUUCUCCUGCGUUCGGAGAGUUAUAGAGCGAAUGUCAUGCACCAGACGGUGGCAUAA